GAUAUAUGUUUUUGUUGCAUUAAGCUGAGUUGUUGUAGUUUUUUGGUGUUAGAUUUGAUACUGAACCAUUUUAAUUCUGAGGUUUCACUUUGUAAACUCAACAACCUGCAUAUUUUUAGCAUUUCUUAGCUAGUGUUUGACCAUAGAUUUUAGAUCAGAUUUUGAAAAUUCAUCGUCAAAUAUAUGAUUGGCCAUGAAAUUUGAUUAGAUUUUGAAAAUUUAUCUUCAAAAUAUUUUCAAGUUCCAAAAACUGGUCUGAGUUUUUGGGACAAAUUUUACUUCCACUCACAAAACUUCAAUUUUUUUCCAAGUAAAAUGCAUGUCCAAACACAACUUCAAGUUCCAAAAAUCACAACUUCAAAAACUCAAAUUUUCAAUUUUCAAGUUUCAACUUCAAAAUCUAUGGCCAAACAGGAGCCUAGUGUUUGCUUAUAUGGAAAUUUGACAGUUGAACCAGCAAUUGCUUAGUGGUGGAAUCCCCUAUUAUAUCGUUUUCCUUAUAAGGAAAAUCAUUCAAGUUCGUUGGAUUCUGAUUUGGAGGUUAAAAUGAUUCAAUACUAUUUUGCAUGUUUCUUGUUCAACUGCUAUGAGGUUUAAGAGUAUGUUUACUUGCUUUAUGGCCCAUAUAUUUCCCUUGUUGUAUUCAUUGGGUCUCGACUCUCGACCACUGUGGUUUUCCUUGCAAAUUUGAGAUAAUCAUUUUUGUGUGUGUUUCCUCGUUUACUUAGUUGUUAGAUGAGAUAAGGAGCUCUUAUGGGUUUUCAAAUGUUUGGUUUAUCUGUAUAUGCUAAAUUCAUUAUAAAUUAUCUGUUUUAUUCGUUGUUUAUCUUUUUCUUUUUGUUGUUCUCCGAGAAUCUAUUCUAAAUCUUUCCUCCCAAAGUUGAACAUUUCGUUAUUGUUGCCCACUUUUGAUUGGACACUCGACUAGCUUUGUGGUGAAUGAGGUCAAGCAAUUUGGCAUGUUGCUUUUAUUGCAGCCUUGACGUCGUAAUUAACAAUUUUAUAACCCUUACAUUGGCCGUUACUAGCUACUCUCUAUGUCCCACUUUAUGUGGCACCGUUUGAUUAGCACAAAGUUUAAGAAAGAAAGGUCUUUUAAACUUUGUGGUCUUUAUACAUUUGUUUGGCUAUAAAUCAUUCAUUAAGGAUAAAAGGGGAAUUUUAAUAUUAAGUUGUUUUAAUACAUAGAUGGUGAUAGUUAAAGGGAACAAUAGUUCAGGUAGGAACAACUCAUAGUUGGGGUGUGAACUCGCGAAAAAGCGAUAGUUCAGGUGUGUUUUUGAACAUUAUCUCUAAAAUGAUUGGUCAAAUACUAUUUGCAAUUUCUUGUUCAACUGCUAUGAGGUUUAAACGUAUGUUUACGUGCUUUAUGGUAGAUAUCAUUUCCCUUGUUGUAUUCAUGGGUCUCGACUCUCGACCAAUGAGGUUUUCCUUGCAAAUUCGAGGUAAUAAUUUUCGACUAUGUUUGCUUGUUUCAUCCCCAAAUUUGGUUAUCACCUUUACGUCAUAGUUAGAUAGAUAAGGAGAUCUUAUAGGUUUUCAAAUGUAAACAUUUAUCUGUGUCUGCUAAAUUCAACAGAAGUUAUCAGAGAACGACAAAAAGGAAAAGAUAAAUAACGACAAAAAUGGAUAACUUAUGAUGAAUUUAGCAGACACGGAUAAACCAAAAUUUUGAAAAUCCGAUAGAUCUCCUUAUCUCAUCUAACUACAACGUAAGGUGAUAACCAGCUUUGGGGAUAAAUUAGAAACACAGACGAAAACAAUUAUCAAGGAAAAUCUCAUUGGUCGAGAGUUGAGACCCGUAUACAGCAAGGGAAAUGAUAUCUACCAUAAAGCAAGUAAACAUACUUUUAAACCUCCUAGCAGUUGAACAAGAAAAUGCAAAUAGUAUUUGACCAAUCAUUUUAGAGAUAACUGUCAAAAACAGACAAUGAACUAUCACUUUUCGCGAGUUUCACGCCCCAAUUAUCAACUAUUUCCCUUUCCUAGAUUCCGAAUUUUGAAAAGUGUCUUAAACCUGUUUUCCAACUCCAUCUUCAAAAAUUUCAAAUAAAGUGCUCUCUUCUUUCCUUUGCAAAAAAUAUAACCAAACACAACUCCAUCUUAAACUUCAACUUUAUAAAUUGCAUCAUGUCAAAAAUAUUUGAAAUCUAUGGCCAAACACCUACUAAAAGUGUAGUUUAUAACGACCAAUGAAAGGGAUAUAAAAUUGUUAAUCACGACGCUAAGACAUAAAUAAAAGCAACACGCCAAAUUGCGUGACCUCAUUCACGAAAAAGCUAGUCGAGCAUCCAAUCAAAAGUGGGUGACAAAAAGAAAUUGUCAACUUUGAGAGGAAAGAUUUAUAAUAGAUACUCGGAGAACGACUAAAAGGAAAAGAUAAGUAACGAUGAAAAGGGAUAACUUAUUCUGAUUUAGCAGACACGGAUAUAAACCAAAUUUUUGAAAAAUACAUAUGAUCUCCUUAUCUCAUCUAAACUACUCCCUUCGUCCCAAUUUAUGUAACACAUUUUCCUAUUGAGUCUGUCCGAAAAGAAUGUCACCUUUCCAUAAUUAGAAGCAACUUAACUUUAAAAUUCCCCUUUUAUCCUUAAUGAAAUGAUUGAUAGCUAACAUUUCUAAGGUUUGUUUUAGACCACAAAUUCAGAAGUCUUACUUUCUUUUGUUUGUUAAACUUUGUGCCUAGUCAAAAGGUGUCACAUAAAUAGGACGGAGGGAGUAGUACGUAACGGCCAAUGGGUGGGUUAUACAAUUGUUCAUAUCAAGUUAUCCAUUGUUGUCGUUAUUUAUCUUAUCCUUUUUGUCGUUCUCUGAGAAUCUAUUCUAAAUCUUUCCUCUCUAAGUUGACCAUUUCUUUAUUGUCGCUAACUUCUGAUUGGACGCUCGACUAGCUUUGUCAUGAAUCAGGUCACGAAAUUUAGCAUGUUGCUUUUAUUACAGCCUUGAUGUCAUAAUUAACAAUUUUAUAUCCCUUCCAUUGGCUGUUACGCACUACUCCUUCCGUCCCAAUUUAUGUGGCAUUGAUUGACUAGACACAAAGUUUAAGAAAGAAAGGAAGGAUAGGCACAAAGUUUAAGAAAGGAUUUGUGGUCUAAAACAAACGUUAGACACUGUUUGGCUAUAAAUCAUUUCAUUAAGUAUAAAUGGGGAAUAUUAAAGUUAUGUUGUUUCUAAUUAUGAAAAAGGGACAUCUUUUUGGAACAAACUAAAAAAGAAAGUGUGCCAUAUAAAUUGGGAUGAAGGGAGUCGUUAGAUAAGAUAAGGAACUCUUAUGGGUUUUCAAAAGUUUGGUUUAUCCGUGUCUGCUAAAUUCAGAAUAAGUUAUCCAUUUUCGGCGUUACUCAUCUUUUCCUUUUUGUCGUUCUCCGAGUAUCUAUUAUAAAUCUUUCCUCUCAAAGUUGAACAUUUCUUUACUGUUGCCCACUGUUGAUUGGACGCUCGACUAGCUUUAUAAUGAAUGAGGUCAUGCAAUUUGGAGUGUUGCUUUUAUUAAUGCCUUGACAUUGUGAUUAACCAUUUUAUAUCCCUUUCAUUGGCCGUUACAAACUACAAUUUUAGUAGGUGUUUGGCCAUAGAUUUCAAAUAUUUUUCACUUUAUGCAAUUUAUAAAGUUGGAGUUGUGUUUGGUUAUACUUUUUACAAAGGAGAGGAGAACACUUUAUUUGAAAUUUAUGAAGAUGGAGUUGGAAAACAGGUUUAAGGCACUUUUCCAAAUUUGGAAUCCAACUCCAAGUUGGAUUUGGAAAUUUUCUAACCAAACACUGAUUUUGAAAUUAAGUGAAAAAUUAUUCCGGAAAUAAGUGAAUAAUUCUCAUGGCCAAACGGCUCCUAAGUGUUCAACAAUUUUAGAUAUGUAUGACAACUGAAUGUGUUGACAGGAUGACGUCAACAGUUUUCGUAGAUUCGCGAUCUGUUGAAGAACCUAGUGGUGGAGCAAAUAUCAAACUGAAAAAAGGUCCUUGGAGUAAAGCAGAAGAUGCGAUUUUAAUGGAUUACGUCGCAAAACAUGGGGCGGGGAAUUGGAGAGAAGUCCAGAAGCAAUCAGGACUUGCUCGCUGUGGGAAAAGUUGCCGUUUGCGGUGGGCAAAUCACCUAAGACCAGAUUUAAAGAAAUGUGCUCUCACUCCAGAGGAAGAGUGUCGAAUAAUUGAACUACACGCUAAGAUGGGAAACAAAUGGUCAAAAAUGGCUGCUGAGUUGCCUGGCCGCUCAGACAAUGAGAUAAAGAACUACUGGAACGCCAAACUAAAGAGACAACGGCGUGCAGGCUUGUCCAUGUACCCUCCAGAAGUUAGUUUCCGGGCGUUUAGUGAGGACAAACAAAAUAAGGAACUCGACACAUUGUCUUCUGAAAAUGCACAUCCUGAUGUCUUGCCUAUCAACACUUGUGAGAUUCCAUCUGUGGAAUUAAAAUUUUUUGAACCUAGCCAGCAGUUGUAUCCUCCGGGGCUUCUUGAUAUUUCUCCUAGUAGCUUUCAUAAUAUUCCUGCAACUAGCAUGCCGGCUCAGGAUCUUAAUUCUUCCUGCAAUACUCGUUCUGUCCACUCAACAGUUCAUCCGUCCAAGCGUAUACGAGGAUCAGGCUCUGUUCUAAAUGUUAAUAUUGCUGCUAGUAGCUGUCUUGAUAUUCCUGCAACUAGCAUGCUGGAUCAGGGUCUUAAUUCUUCCAGGAAUACUAGUUCGGUCCUCUCAACAAUUCAUCCAUCCAAACAUAUACGAGGUUCAGAAUCAUGUUUCUCUGGUCUAAAUGUUGAUCUUUUUCAAGCUUGUCAUCGAAAUCAAAAUGACCCUUCUUUGGUUGCUCAGUCCUUGGGGUUCUCUUCGUCAUGUCACCCAUCAUUCUCGGGUGAAACUCCUGGCAGCUAUGCCUUUUUGAAUGGCAAGAAGCUGGAGCUCCCUUCACACGAAACUUCGAUGGCAAGUUGGGCACCACUUCCUCCGGUCGAGUCCUUCAAUACCUUGAUUCAGUCUCCUCCAAAUGAGCAUACUGAUUCAGGCAUUCUGUCACCUCGAAACAGUGGUCUAUUGGACGCCAUACUUUAUGGAUCACAAACAUCCAAAGCUUCAAAGAAUAAUUCACUUCAGGAUACUUAUUGUGACUCAAUCUCCCCUUUAGGUCAUUCUUUAGGAUCGGUAUUUAGUGAAUACACCCCUACCAAUUGAGGUUCAUUGGAUGAGCACCAGCCAAUAGCGACAGUUGUUGGAUGCGAGGUUAAGCAAGUGAAGGUUGAUUUCACUCCCACUGAUCGGAAAGAUGAUCUAUCAAGCCACCAUUUGUUUUCCGGGACUGAUUGGUACUUUCCUUCAGCUGCUUGGUCCCACAACAGAAUGGGGUAAGAAACAUAAGGAAUUCAAAUAUGCAGCCGGGGCUGUUCUUUUUUGAUGAUAUUUCCUAACACAAUUUUGGAAAAAAUGUAAUUUCCUUUGUAAACCUCUUCUGUCGUAAUAUUGUAGUCCUUUGUAAACCUCUUCUGUUGUAAACCUUUUCUGUUGCUAGUUACAUUACUUAAACAGUACCUGUUACCGGUGUUUCAGCUGGUUAUACUGUUAUCACAAACUGGUUUCACUGCUACUGUUAUUGGAAAAAUAGCCUGGUUUGACGGGCUAAAAGUUCUGAUCCGUCGAUC